AUGGACCCUGCAGCACUGAACACCAUGAUGGAGGCUCAGGCACGUAGGCAUGAAGAGACCUUGGCAGCGGUGAUGGAGAGGAUGAAUGCCAUGUUCCUCGCGGCCAACCAGAGGAGGGAACCGGUGGCCGAACCAGCAGUAGCGCCUCCGAAACCUAAAGUGGUGAAGAUGUCGCUGGAGGAUGAUCCCGAGGCCUAUUUAACAUCCUUUGAAAGGCAGGCGACAGCAGCCCUAUGGCCUCGGGAGUGGUGGGCUACCCAGCUGGGACCCAAUCUGAUCGGGGAAGCCCAGGCAGCCUACCACGGUUUAACCCAUGAACAAGCCAUGGAUUAUGAUCUUGUAAAGAAAGCCAUCCUUCAGCGACUGGACAUCACGGAGGAGACGCACCGCCGCCGGUUCCGGGAGUACCAACGCCCAGAAGGAGUCCGACCCCGAGUAAUGGCCCAGCAGUUGGUGGACCAGGUGACCCGGUGGCUCUGCCCUGGUGAACGCACAGCAGAGGAGGUGGCUGAGAUUGUCACCAUUGAACAAUUUAUACAGUUGCUGGGGCCAGAAGCCAGUAAUUGGGUCAGCCGGCACCGGCCCACCACGCUGGACGCCGUGGUCAGGUUGGCUGAGGGGUACGAGGACUCUAUGCCCACACCGCUGCCCACCCCGAUACAUUCCACGCCGACCUUCAUCAGACCCAGGAUGGCGGGCCCAAGGCCGGGGCCCCUUCACCCACACACACCCUUCACGUCUGGACCAGCACCCUCACGUUCCCCAACGGGUGGCCUCGCUCCACAACACUGGAGGCCGAGGUCAACCCCCAGCUGGGGUAGAACAGGGGCCCCCUCCCCGCUGUCAGGUCGGCAGCGGGACAAUCAGGCUCCGUGGGCGCCUCUCCCUCUGGAAUGUUACCGGUGCCAUGGGGUCGGCCACCUUGCCCGGAAUUGCCCCUCAGCAAUGGAGUGUGGUGCGGCUUCGCAUUAUUUGGUACCGGCGACAGGAGCAGCGGGGGAAACUAUUGGAGAUAUUUUUCCGCUGCAUGCUGAUCUGUUCCCCUCUCGGUUCCGCCCAAAAAAAACUAAACGAGAGAGAAGGGUGGAAAAAUGGGAGGGCGCAUCAAUGACACGAGGUUGGGGUUUGGUAGGAGACUCCUCCACGUCUGAUAAACGCCAGGGAAAGGGAACUGGGAUCCAGUGUGACCGACCGGGCCGAGUUACUGAGACCCCUAGUGCUGAGGCUACCAUAUCCCCGCUCGAUAUACCGAAAGUCUGGGACCGAGAUGUUGAUCUAGCGUACGAGCAAAAAAAUGAUCCUACGCUGGCUAACCUCUGGGGGCAGGUUCGGUCUAUCGAGGGGAAGGAAGUAGAUGGCAAUCGGCCGCUCACAUACCCUCACCACAUUGUGCUUGGGCAUUUGCUGUAUAGAGUAUCCCGAGCCCCGAGCACAGGGCAGACUGUAACACAGUUACUCGUUCCUCAGUCUUUUCGACAUGAGAUCAUGCGGUUGGCUCAUGAUGUCCCUUGUUCGGGCCACUUAGGUAGCGAAAAGACUCAGGAACGAAUAUUGGCUCGAUUUUACUGGGCGGGAGUGUACAGUGAGGUGAAGCGGUAUGUGGCGACCUGUAGAGAGUGCCAACAGGUAGCGCCGGGGCGGGUUCGCCCGGCCCCAUUGGUUCCACUGCCCCUGAUCAAUAUCCCCUUUGAACGCAUUGCAAUGGACAUAGUGGGCCCAUUGAGCCAGUCUGACUGUGGAUAUACGCAUAUUUUAGUAGUGGUGGACUACGCGACCAGAUAUCCAGAGGCAGUACCAUUGAGGUCCACUAGUGCAUUAGCGAUUGCAAAAGAGUUAGUGCAGAUCAUAGCGAGAGUAGGGAUCCCCAAAGAAAUUCUGACUGAUCACGGAACUAAUUUUAUGUCACGGUGUUUAAAGGAACUGUAUAAAUUAUUACAAAUUCGAUCCAUUCGGACCUCCGUUUAUCACCCGCAAUCGGAUGGUUUGGUGGAACGUUUUAAUCAGACAUUGAAGCAGAUGCUGAGGCGGUUUGUCAACCAGGAGCAAAAACAUUGGGCUAAACUCCUUCCCUACCUGAUGUUUGCAGUGAGAGAGGUGCCUCAGAGCUCGACCGGGUUCUCUCCCUUUGAGCUGCUGUACGGGAGACAGCCACGAGGGGUCCUUGAUCUUGUAAAGGAAGGAUGGGAGGAGCAAAAUAAAGAUGCUAAAAACAUAGUGAAAUAUGUAAUUAUGUUGAGAGAUCGCCUGCAAUUGGUUGGUCAGUUGGCACACGAGAACUUAAAACAGGCUCAGCAUCGGCAAGAGCAGCAGUACAAUAAACAAGCACGGAUUCGGACUUUUCGGCCAGGAGAUAAGGUACUGCUGCUACUUCCCACUUCGGAGUCUAAACUGUACGCUAAGUGGCAGGGACCAUAUGAGGUGAUGCGGGCAAUUGGUAAUGUAAACUACGAAAUCAGACAACCCGAUCGCCGGAACAAAACUGAAAUUUACCAUAUUAAUUUAUUAAAACCCUACAAUGAAAGGGAGGCCCUGUUUAUAGCCAAUGACAGUAUAGAAGAGGAUUUUGGUCCCUCUGUCAGUACACCAGCUACAGUUAACAUUCCGAUGGGGGAACAAUUACUUCCUGAUCAGAAGUGUGAACUCCGUGGGUUAGUGAAACAAUUUGGUGAUGUUUUUUCUGACUUGCCUGGCAGAACUAAUAUGAUUGAACAUGCUAUUAUUACUCCCGCAGGUGUCAGGGUUCGAGAGAGACCGUAUCGAAUCCCGGAGAGUCGCAGGGGUGCCGUUGGCCGGGAGGUGAGGGAUAUGCUCGAGCUUGGAGUCAUUGAGCCUUCCCGGAGCGAGUGGAGCAGCCCGAUAGUGAUGGUGCCUAAGAAGGACGGCUCCACUCGGUUCUGCGUGGAUUUCAGAAAGGUUAAUGCCAUCUCCAAGUUUGAUGCAUAUCCCAUGCCUCGGGUAGACGAGCUCCUCGACCGACUGGGAGGAGCGCGGUUGAUUUCGACUUUGGAUCUGACGAAGGGAUACUGGCAAAUUCCACUGACCCAGAGUUCGCAAGAGAAAACUGCUUUCUCUACCCCGGGUGGCUUGUUCCAUUUCCAGACCAUGCCCUUUGGGUUGCAUGGAGCCCCGGCCACCUUUCAGAGACUGAUGGACCAGGUCCUAGCGCCCCAUCAGCAGUAUGCCGCUGCAUACAUUGAUGACGUGGUGAUUUUCAGCUCUACCUGGAGAGAGCAUAUUAUUAGACUUUCGGCCGUCCUACAGUCUCUGAGGGAGGCGGGGCUGACGGCUAACCUGGGCAAGUGUGCAUUCGGCAAACAAGAAACCCAGUAUCUUGGCUUCCUUAUGGGUAAUGGGCGGGUAAAGCCGAUCGCUUCUAAAGUCCAGGCUCUAGUGGAGACGGCGAUCCCGAGAACCAAACCGCAGGUGAGAUCACUAUUGGGGUUAGCAGGCUAUUAUCGCCGCUUUAUCCCCGAGUAUGCCACCAUAGUUAACCCCUUGGUAGAGCUCACCAAAAAGACGGCUCCAAAAAUAGUUAAGUGGACAGGGGAGUGUCAGGGGGCCUUUGACACGAUUAAGAGGAGACUAUGCCAGGCCCCAGCACUUAUUUCACCAGAUUUCAGUAAGGAGUUCAUCCUCCAGACCGAUGCCUCCCAGAUUGGUCUGGGGGCGGUCCUGUCCCAGCAAGUUGACGGGGUAGAACACCCGAUUAUUUACAUGAGCAAAAAAUUGGCUCCACGGGAGAUUAACUACUCCGUCAUUGAGAAGGAGUGUUUGGCCAUCAAAUGGGCCACUCAUGCCCUUCGCUAUUACUUGCUGGGGCGUUCUUUCACUCUUGUCACUGAUCAUGCUCCUUUAAGGUGGUUGCAUACGAUGAAGGACAAUAACGCUCGGAUAACUCGGUGGUAUCUGGCGCUGCAACCCUUCCACUAUACAGUGAAACAUCGUGCGGGUAAGGAGCAUCAAAAUGCAGAUUUUUUUUCAAGGGAGGGGGGCCCAUUGGGGAACUUAGAAUUGGCCGAGUGUGCCUUCGGCAUCACUCUGAGGAGACUGCCCCAGAAGUACAACAUGCUGAAGACUUUGUUAAACGUUCCAAACACCCAGGAGGGCAGAAACAGUAACAAAUGUAAAUUCUGA